AUGGCCAACGGUUCUGAGGGUUUUCCUCUGAUCCCUCCGGACCCGAUGGAGCGCCCACCUAGCCCUCCUCCGCCUCCCCCAGAAGACUUGGCCGCUCCUCCACCACCGCCAGACAGUAUCGCCCCUCCACCUCCUCCCGAUGAUGUGCCACCCCCACCCCCCAUUGAGACUCAGAAGAAGCAGAAGGCAAAGAAACCGGCUUUUACUCCGUUGAGUGUGGAAGAAUUGAUACGCAAGAAGAAAGAAGCAGAUGCGGCAAUGGCAAAGCCCAAAUUCUUAUCCAAAGCUCAACGAGAGAAGCUUGCGCUCGAGCAACGGGCUCGAGAGCUUGAGGCACAGCGUCAAGCCAAGGCCCGCUCCGCCGCUGAUCGCUACAGCCUCAUAUCUGCACCAUCAUCGGAGACUCACAAUAUCCGGGAGGAAUCAGUGGCUCCUCAUGUACCUACCGGGCCGCGAUCGAUGCGCGACGGACCCGACACUGGACCCGGCGGUACACGGAAGGGAGGCCGACAGCACAAUCGCGACCAAGAUAUGCCGCCACCCCCAUCUAAGAGUAAGGGCGAAAAGCGUCUAACGGAAGAAGAUGAAGCCGCAGCACUGGCUGCCUUGACCAAGCGCCGGUACAUGGGAGCCGACCAGACGUCUAAUUUCUCGGCAAAGAAGAAGCGCAAACGUACCGCAGACCGCAAGUUUAAUUUCGAGUGGAAUGCCGAGGAAGAUACCAGCGGAGACUACAACCCCCUGUACCAGCACCGACAAGAACCCACUUUCUUUGGCCGUGGCCGUUUGGGAGGCUUUGGCGAUGAUGUCGCCGAGGAAGCCGCGCGCAAAUACGCUGACGCGUUGAUUGCCCGUGACCCCGAAACUGGUAGCGCGCGAGCCAAAGAGAUUAUGGAGAUGGAACGCCGGCGACGCGAGAACAGUACCCGCACACAGAUUGAUAAACACUGGAGUGAGAAGCGCUUGGACCUCAUGCGCGAGCGAGACUGGCGUAUCUUCAAAGAAGAUUUCAAUAUUGCCACCAAAGGCGGCAGCGUUCCAAAUCCUAUGCGUUCAUGGGAAGAGAGUCAUUUGCCGAAGCGCUUGUUGGAGCUUGUUGACCGUGUCGGAUAUAAGGACCCAACACCUAUUCAACGCGCGGCAAUCCCGAUCGCCAUGCAGUCGCGUGACCUAAUUGGUGUCGCCGUGACAGGUUCCGGUAAAACAGCCGCAUUUCUACUCCCUCUUUUGGUCUACAUCUCGACGCUGCCGCGACUUGACGAGAAUCCGUCGCUCAAAAACGACGGGCCAUACGCUAUUGUUCUAGCACCCACACGUGAACUGGCGCAGCAGAUCGAGAUCGAAGCCAGAAAGUUUACGCAGCCGCUUGGAUUCAACGUGGUCAGUAUUGUCGGUGGUCACUCGCUUGAAGAGCAAUCGUACAGCCUGCGCGAAGGCGCUGAAAUCAUUAUUGCCACCCCCGGUCGUCUAGUUGACUGUAUCGAGCGUCGCAUGCUAGUACUCAGCCAGUGCUGCUACGUUAUCAUGGACGAAGCAGAUCGUAUGAUCGAUCUUGGGUUCGAAGAGCCUGUCAACAAGAUCUUGGAUGCCCUCCCCGUCACGAACGAAAAGCCCGAUACAGAAGAAGCUGAAGAUUCAAGCGCGAUGAGCCAACACAAAUACCGCCAAACUAUGAUGUACACAGCCACUAUGCCUGCGGCGGUCGAGCGCAUUGCUCGCAAGUACCUCCGCCGACCAGCCAUUAUCACCAUUGGUGGCGUCGGUGAAGCCGUCGACACAGUGGAGCAACGUGUGGAGAUGAUCUCCGGCGAAGACAAACGCAAGAAGCGCCUCGCCGAGAUCCUACACUCGGGUGAAUUCCGUCCCCCGAUCAUUGUAUUCGUCAACAUCAAGCGAAACUGUGACGCGAUCGCCCGCGAGAUCAAACAAAUGGGCUUCUCCACAGUUACCCUACACGGUUCCAAGACUCAAGACCAGCGUGAAGCCGCGCUCGCCUCUGUGCGCAACGGCUCAACAGACGUUCUCGUCGCAACUGACCUUGCUGGAAGAGGUAUCGAUGUGCCAGAUGUAUCACUGGUCGUCAACUUCAACAUGGCAACCUCGAUCGAAAGCUACACUCAUCGUAUUGGUCGUACUGGUCGUGCUGGAAAGAGUGGUGUUGCUAUCACCUUCCUGGGCAGCGAAGAUAGCGAUGUCAUGUAUGAUCUCAAACAGAUGCUUAUUAAAUCACCUAUUUCGCGUGUCCCCGAGGAACUACGCAAGCAUGAAGCGGCGCAGUCCAAGCCCACACGCGGUUCUGGUGGCAAGAAGAUCGAGGACAGUUCUGGGUUCGGAGGCAAGGGAGGAUGGGCAUAG